GCGCACUCUGAUUGCGCUAUCCCUGUUCAUCCACGCACCUCAAAGCUCUACAGAACAAUUCAACCUACAAGACACUACAAUUGCCCCGCCCACUUUUUUACUAUUGAUACGAAAAAGAACGAAUCCAAGAAUCUAGAACUUCGAUAUCAAUUAAUUUAUCGACAGAAGAUAGGAUAUUCUACUGGCGGAAUUGCUUUUGUGAGCGGUAACGCCGCUGUCCCACUGCAAAGAGGACAAAAAUCCAUCCCCCUUUGCUUCAUUUCACGACAUCCCCUACUUAAACAUCAAAUUCUACACUCAUAAUCGAUUUCGCGAUACGACCUAAUGUCUUCUGGACUCACACGCAGAAGAGGUGGCGGAGGAGGAGCUGGCGAUACGGAAAAUGGGGAGUCGAGUCGUGUUGCAUCACCGGCGCCCAAGGCUGGAAAUUCUCGCGAUACAAGCGGCCCAGAGACAUCAUAUGAGAGCGGAGAGAAUGGUCACAAAAUUGCCUUUGAUCCAAGAGAUAUUAGCGAAAGUGCAGAGAGAAGCAAGCAACCUAAAUUGACGUUGAUGGAGGAAGUUUUGUUACUGGGAUUGAAGGAUAAGCAAGGUUAUCUUUCAUUCUGGAAUGACAAUAUAUCAUAUGCGCUUCGUGGAUGUAUUGUCAUUGAGCUGGCGUUCAGAGGGCGAGUGAGCAUGCAGAAGGAUUCCUCGAGGCGGCGAUUCCCUCUAGCAGACAGAGUAAUUGAGGUUAUCGAUGAUACUUUGACAGGAGAAGUCUUAUUGGAUGAAGCGCUCAAAAUGAUGAAAGCGAGUGAGAAGAUGAGUGUCAGUUCAUGGAUUGAUUUGAUGAGUGGCGAGACAUGGAAUCUCAUGAAAAUUGGGUAUCAAUUGAAACAAGUCAGAGAACGGUUGGCUAAAGGAUUGGUCGACAAGGGUAUUCUUAGAACCGAAAAGAAAAACUUCCUUUUAUUCGAUAUGGCGACACAUCCUGUAGCAGACGGCGGAGCAAAGGAGGAAAUCAGAAGAAGAGUCCGAAACGUCCUUACACAACGAACUGUUGUCCUUCCAGGCAGUCAAUUCCUCCCCGAGAACCUCGAAUUCAGAUAUGUCAGAACAAUUGCCAUGGUAUGUGCUGCCUAUGCAGCCAACGUACUAGAGAAUGCCCUCGCAUCACUUGGUCACGAAUCCAGAGAACGAGCAUUCGCCCAAGUUGAUGAAUUAUUGGCAGAAUAUAGCCAAUGGCCAUUUGGAAAGAGAGCAGGAGGCUCAGCGGGAAUAGGUGCAAAUUUGGGACAGGUUAUUACGGAUGAAGUAAACAAUGGAAAGGAUAAAGAACUACAACUCGAAGUCGUAGCCGCAUGUCUAAGUGUCUUUACCCGUUUGGACUCUUUGCUAUAAUCAUUUCUCACACAUGCAAUUCGAUCCACGAUCUCACAAACAAGGCGGAGGUGGGCCGCAUCUUGAUGACACUUUUAUGAUGGAGGAAAAAUUACAAAAUAUACCAACACACACACGAGGAGAUCUUUUGCUAUGCCACCGCUACAUCAUUCAUUUUCGUUCAAUUGGAAGGGGAGGAGGAGUAGGGGAGUCGGGACAUUAGACUCUUUGUUCGCGAAGGAAAUGGAGCGAGAAAGGGAAAAGUUCACCUAGUAGUUUCACUCAUCUGUUCUUAUCUGGGCCGGGCGCCAGGAAAUGUAUUUGCAGAUACGGUACGAAGCAAGGGAGGAAGAUUAAGAUCAAGAUUCAAGACACGAGGGGCUUGAGGGACUUGAACAUGCAUGAUCGUCGGAUUUGCGAACGGAGGGGGAUUUUCUUGUAACAGAAGAAGAAAAAUCACAUCUUACCUUACUUUACCUUACCUUAUGUACCUUUGGAAUCUUGUUGUAAUAGCAAAAUUUAAACAGAUAAUUAGAUGUUUUA